AGUGUCGAUCGCACGCCGUCGUAACCGCCGCCACCGCGUGACUUUUUAGGAAUUUCGCCGCGAUGUUCCGUAUCGCUAUUUUUUUUUCUCGUUAACACGCCGCACGAAACCGCGCGGAUUCUCGCGGUAUACACUCAACAGGGGUAGUCUUCUAUAGAAUCACACACACACACACACAUAUAUAUAUACAAAUAUAUAUGAUAACAAUAUUUGAUCUACGCACACCGGUUCCUAUUAUAUCCAUACCUAAUAUAUAUAUAUAUAUUGUAUGCUUUUAGACAAUGUUAUGAUGUCGCGUUAUAUAAGUUUAUCCGGCUGCGAUGAUUUACAACGAUUAUAUUAUCAUUAGGUAUAUACCGGGUAUACCAGUAGGUUAGGUACACGAUAUACCUAUAAAUAUAAUAUAUUAUAUUAUAUACGACGCGACGAGUGCGCGACCGACCCGAAUCGAAACUGCAGUAGUUGAACAAAUUCUAUACCUAUCUAGCAUUAUAUACAUGUGCACCGCAUUUAUUGAUAUAUUGUAUCAGUGAAUUUAUUAUUAUGCGGCCGCCGCCGGCGCCGCCAGCGUCAUCGGCGAUUGCGACGACUGCGACUCCGGACUGCAGCGACGAUCGUAACCCACAGCAUUUGAACACGGCGACCGCGACGACGAUGGUCACGUGAUUAGGAUGCCGCGGCCGUGCAGAGAGACAUACGGCGACCAAAAGCCGCCGUACAGUUACAUAUCGCUGACGGCCAUGGCCAUAUGGAGCGCUCCCGAGAAGAAGCUACCGUUGUCCGACAUCUACAAGUUUAUCAGCGACCGGUUCCCCUACUACCGGAAAAACACUCAAAGGUGGCAGAACUCGCUGCGACACAACUUGUCGUUCAACGACUGUUUCAUGAAAAUUCCACGACGACCCAACCAGCCGGGCAAGGGGGCGUACUGGACACUGCACCCUGAUGCACUGGACAUGUUCGAGAACGGAUCGUUUCUGCGGCGCCGAAAGCGGUUCAAAUUGCCGGCCGCCGACCGGGCGCUGUUGGAGGCUACGUUCGGCCGGCCGUCGUCGUCGUCCGCCGCCGCCGACUUCGACACCGAUUCGCCGCCACUGCGGCCGUUGCCGAUCGGUUUUCAGCGGCCGCCACUGCCGCCUCCGCCGUACCGGAACAAUAUAAUGUCGUCGUCGGACGGAGCGACGUCGCCGAUCGGCACCGAACAGCCGUUGUCGCCGCCGUCGAUCCACGCGGCCAUCGGCGGCACCACCGCGGCCUUCGCGACCGCCACUUCGAUGGCCAACCACCUGCACCGGCAGCACAAGCCCAAACCGUUUACCAUCGAGAGCAUCAUCGCUCCGGGCGGCGCCCGCAGACGUCACUCUUCCGACGACGAGCCGUCACUGCCGGAUGUCCCGCCGCCGACAUCGUCCCCCACACCGCCGCCGAAGACGUCGUCCCCUACGCCACCGCCGAGGACCGAACGUACUCAUCGCCGGUACCCGCCGCCGGUGAGUCUGCUACCGUCUCAGUCGCAUCACCUAGUCGACCACCAGCAGCAGCAGUUCCUCCACAACGCCCACCACCACCACCACCCCCACAACGGCGUCGGCAGCAAUGGAUACGCGGAACUGUACGCGUACUUGAUCCAACAGCAGUCGUUCGCCGUGGCCACUGCGGCCGCAGCGGCCGCUUCCAGCAUAUUUCCGGGGCCGUCCGCGCCCCUGCCGCCGUUCCACUACAUGCCCCACCAUCACAUCACCAACGCCGCCGCCGCCGCCACUGCCGCCGCCACCGUCUUGCCGCCGUUCCCGCAGCUGGCCAACUUCACGAACCUUCAUGACUGCGGUACGGUUUGGAAACAAUGGUUGGACCAUUAAACUUUGCGAAGAGGAGACGAGACGAAGCAUAAAACUUAUUUUCUUUGUUGUCAAACCGUUUCAUAUAGACUUUAAAUGGUAUAUUAUAUGUACAUAUACGUACUGUUGUAAUUUUAUUAUAGCGUUUUAAUAUUAAAACAAAAUGUACAAUAUUAUAUAAAACAAUUUUUAGACGAAAUCCUUUUAUUAUAUUCUGUGUUUAUAGAAAACAAUAAUAAUAUCUUAGCUUUAAUAAAACAUUAUGAUGUAUAACUACCUAGUGUCUAGUACCUAUUUACUCUAUGUCUGUAUAUUACAUUAUUGUAUUUUAUAAAUUAAUGUUGUCCGUAGUAUUUUGACGAUGAUGUAGAUAACCCUGUCAGUUGUUAUUAUGUCUAAAAAAACUAUUU